CUGACGCUCCGUUUAUAAAAGCACACCAGAAGCCAAGGAAGAAAGGAAGAGCCAAGAGUCCACGCUCACGAAAAAAAGACCAACUUUUUCUGAAGAAAGCGGAGAGACAAAUGGCGAUGCAGGCGGUCGUGGUGCUGCUGGCGGCGGCGGCGGCCGUGGCCCUGCUCGCGGCGGGCGCCUCGGCGCAGACGACGGAGCCGCCGGCUUGCGCGUCGAAGCUGGUGGGGUGUGCGGCGUCCAUGAACGGGACGGACGCGGAGACGCCGCCGGACACCUGCUGCGGCCCGCUCAGGGAGACCGUCAAGAACGAGCGCGUGUGCCUCUGCGCCCUCUACGCCGAUCCGGCGAUCUUCAAGGCCUUCAACAUCAACCUCACCGACGCGCUCCGCCUCUCCAAGCGCUGCGGCAUCAGCGACGACGUCAGCAGCUGCCCCAGCAACUCUCCGUCGUCUUCUCCUCCAGGCAAGAAUGCUGGUCACCGUACUGUCUCGGGCAGUUUCACGGGGUUGAUGAGCCUGUUCCUGGUUCUGUGGUCUGCAUUGGCAUAAGAAUUUGGCAUGUUAGAGAUGGGUUUUCACCUUAUCCUAUCGUAGAUGAUUGACUGCUAUGAUGUUAUUCCUGUGUAUUUCAUCCGCAUUUGUUUUGCUGUGUAUUGAUGUUGUCAGUCGGUAGACUUCCUGUGAAUAAGAAUCUCGGCACUCUAGUCAGACUGGGAUAAUCAAAGCAGCGUGGGCAUGUUUUGAAACAUAUUUCAGGUUCACCAUUUUAUUCCUUUUUCUUGCAAA